AUGCCUCUCGGAAUCCACAACCCUCUGCCCUCGUCCGUCGGCAGUGAAAUCAAGAAGACGGGCAAAAUCCUCGCGUCCUUUGUCGACCCCCGACAAGCCUUUGGCCCCGACAAGGUCAUUCCACCGCAAAUUCUCGCCAAUGCUAAAGGUCUCGCUAUCUUGACCGUCUUCAAGGCCGGCUUCCUGGGUUCGGGUCGUUUUGGCUCUGGUAUCGUCGUCGCUCGCCUCCCGGACGGCGGCUGGUCGGCACCCUCAGCUAUCGGCACCGUUGGAGGCGGUUUUGGUGGCCAGAUUGGUUUCGAGCUCACCGACUUCGUCUUUAUUCUCAACGAUGCCGCUGCCGUCAAGACGUUUGCGCAGGCUGGUUCGCUGACGUUGGGCGGCAACGUCUCGAUCGCCGCUGGUCCGGUGGGUCGCAACGCCGAGGCGGCCGGCGCGGCCAGCUUGAAGAGCAUCGCCGGCGUGUUUGCCUACUCUAAGACCAAGGGUCUCUUCGCUGGUGUCAGUUUGGAAGGCAGCGUUCUCAUCGAGCGUCGCGACGCCAACGAGAAGCUGUACGGCAGGCGCAUCCCCGCACGAAUGCUGCUCGAGGGCCAGGUGCCUGUCCCGCCUGCCGCCGACCCGCUGAUGCGCGUCUUGAACUCUCGCGUUUUCGCCGGUGCUGCUGGUAGCGCUAGUGCCAGCGACGCCAUGUACAACGACAUGCCCGUCUACGAUGAUUCGCAUGAGGAUGUUGUUUGGCAGGGUCGCCGUGGUUCUGCCAUGGGCGAGGGUGUUCGCAGCAACCGCACCGGUUCCGUGGCUGGCGGAUUCGAUCGUCCCUCCCGCUCCAGCACCUGGGCCGAUGACAUCUACGACAGGACGCCCGCUCAGGGCAACAGCAACGGCCUCAAUCGCUCUGUUUCCACUCGCGCCAAUCCUGUCGAGACGUUUGACAACAUUGAGAGACGCUCGCGCGGUUUCAGUGGCGAUUACUCGUACAGCGACAAGCCGAAGCCUUCGAGGCCAACCGCGCCGAAGCCGCAGUUUGGUGCUGCCAAGCGGGCGUCGCUUGCUCCCAACCAGGCCAUCGCCAAGUUCACAUUCGAGGCUGACCAGCCGGGCGAUCUGGGCUUCAAGAAGGGCGAAGUCAUUACCAUCCUGAAGAGGACGGAUAAUGAAACGGAUUGGUGGACCGGCAAGAUCGGUAGCAGGGAAGGCAUCUUCCCCAGCAACUACGUUGAAAUGGUCUAA